GCAGUUCCCGAGCAGAUGAAUUACGUCCGAGGAGUCGCCCACUCGACUGUGUCGAUAACGUGGAAGUGGGAGAAUCUCACAGAGUGUAUGGCAUUACAAAGGCCAAAGCAGAGCUGCUGUGAAGACAUGCCUCCCAAGAAGAAAAAUGCCAUUCCUGACAGAUGGACAGACUAUACAGCAGUGGGUAAGCGGAUCCCUGGAACUCGCUUCAUCGCUUUUAAAGUUCCCUUAAAACAGUCUUUCAGAUAUCAUUUAACACAAUCAGAAGCCUUUGGACCGCUUGAUCUUGUGCGUAUUUUAGAGAAGGAAGGACAACAACUGGGUCUCAUCAUUGAUCUGACCUACACAACUCGCUACUACAAAGUAGAGGAUUUGCCGAACACAUUGUACCACCUGAAGAUCUUCACAGCAGGGCAUGAAGUGCCAAACGAUGCCACGAUUCUCAGCUUCAAGAAGGCCGUCAGACAUUUUCUGCAUGACAAUGAAAACAAUGAUAAGCUGAUUGGUGUUCAUUGCACGCAUGGUUUGAAUCGCACCGGCUAUUUAAUAUGUCGAUACCUAAUAGAUGUUGAAGGGAUGAACCCGCAAAAAGCGAUUAAUUUAUUCAAUGAAUCAAGGGGAUAUUCAAUUGAGAGGCAGAACUAUCUUGAUGACCUGAGGACGGGGCUUCCAUGA